AUGGAUAAUAGUAACGACGGCAUUAAGUUGCUUUUCAUUUCCGGCCAUCGGGUAUUGCUGGAGCCUCAGGUGUUGUGUGAGUACGCUGGAGUAUCAGACUUAAACUUUGUUACCAUUGCUUCCGUCCUAGGGUAUAUUUUAGAACAUUGGAAAGAAGUAGGUGAUGUUGAAGAGGCACCACAGUCGGUUGAACAAAUCCAUUUGCUUCACCUUGGAUCAAGGCUGGAUGGAGAAGUAAGAUUGGAUCAGAUUAACCUUUCGAUCUCCAAUAUUUUUCAUGUGUCAAUAACUCCACCCCAACUCGUCCUUCCACCGGGAGGUCAUCAAACCAGAAAACUGUCUGCUUUCAAAGGAGUCAUCAAGUCCAGAAGAGGGUCCCAGUUAUCAGAAACAAAGAUGACAAGUGUAAAUUUGAAAACAGAACAGCAAACAGCCGAGAGUCCCAGAACUCAUUUAACAGUUAAAGAUUUGCCCAUCGAACAACAGCAACCGUCGCAGAAGAGAUCGGUAGAUGAACCGAAGACUCCCAAGAACGAAGAGAUGGCAAGUGAUCAAUCGUUGCGCUCAUCAAGAAUAGAUCAAAGGCAAGAAGGAGGUGCCAGGCAACCCGAAUCGCUUGGAAGGAACCUGGAGAGGAAUCAACCUGAAACUAAGUCACAUUGUUGUGUUAUCAUGUAA